CCAUCCUUGGUUUUCUGCUAAACCAAGCUUCCGGUCCGGUUAAACUAGGUAAAGGUAAAGAAGACUCCGACCGAACACGCAUCUUCUUCUCUCCCACAAUAGUGUCAAGUGAUUGCGAUCAGAAACAGAUAUUUCGCUAAAGAUUAGCCCAAUUUAGGAAAUUUUUGGAAAGAUGAUGAUGAAGUUAGCCAAGAGAGAGAGAGAGAGAGAGAGAAAUACAAAAAGAUAAAAACAUGUGGCUGUGUGUGUAAAAGACCGAGUCACCCGAACAUCUCCACCUUCACGCCAUUCUUCUACCACUCGGACCUAACCAACAAAUACCCUCCACGUCAUCUGCAAUCCGAGUUCCCGUGAGUUAGGGAUCUUUACUUGAAGCAACCAGACAUGACCGCAGAGUCACACACACACACCACCACCACCCUAACCUUCACAACUUUUUUUGUCGUCCCCUCGUAUGGAAUCCAUUGUGGGGCGACACAAAAAAUAUCUUCUUUUGCUUCUCUGCUUCUUCUUAACAUUUGUUUCUUUCAGGUGGAUUCGAUCGCCAUCUACAUAAAACAAAAACAAAGAUGUAACUCUUUUUUAUCUGGAUUUGGGAUUGAUCGAAAGUGAGAUUUCAAUCUUGGCACUUGGUUUAUUGGAAGGGAAAAAAGAUGGGAGGAAUGAAAGAUGAGGCAAAGAGGAUAACUAUUCCACCAUUGUUCCCAAGGGUUCAUGUGAAUGAUACUGGAAGAGGAGGUUUGUCUCAGCCAUUUGAAGGCAAAACAAUCUCUUCUAAACGUCCCACUCUUCCUUCUCUGGCCAACAACAUCUCUGAUUCUCUUUCCACUUUCUCUUUGUCUCUUUCUCCACCACCAAACACCGCUCGUCUCAUUGAUGGACCUGAAAAGAAUCAGUUUUCACCAAUCUGCAACAACACUAAGUUUGAGGGGAAGAUGAAUAGAAAAGGCAUCAAUUAUAUAAGUCAAAAAGGAUCAUCAGUUACUAAUACUAAGCCUAUAAUAAAACGAAAUGAGUACCUCAAGAACCUUCCCAACUUGGAUUUGCUCAUGGUUCCUGUUGUUAAAAGCUCAGAAACAAAUCCACAAGCAAAUACAGAUUUGUCACUCCAAUUUUGUACUAGCGGUAGUAGUAAACCCGGAGGAGAAGCUGUUGGUUCUAAGAUCCUUUUGUCAGACUGCUUGGAAGAUGAAAGCCAGAAUGGGUCUGUUAAUGUUAUGAAAACUCAAUUAUAUAGAAGAAGCUUUGCUGAGUUUAACAAUGAAACUCAACAGAAGCUUAAAACUUUGCCUCAAGAUGCUUCAGACUGCUCUGCAAUAGAGUCAUUGUCUGGUUUGAGUGCAUCUUCUUAUGAUGUUGCCAGAGUCAUAGGUGAAAAGAGGUUUUGGAAGAUGCGAACAUAUAUGAUCAAUCAGCAAAAGAUCUUUGCCGGGCAAGUAUUUGAGCUGCAUAGACUGAUAAAGAUGGUUGCAAAAUCACCAAACUUGCUUCUUGAAAGUAAGGUUAAUGUUGACAAACAUGGCACAGUGAGGUCAUCCCAUCAGCAGGCAAUGGCAGCUUCAAAGAUUAAAAAACCAAACACUGAGAAUCAGAAACCUGUAACUGAAGAAUAUCCAGAGUAUAUGAAACCAAAGCUUCCUCUACCUUCCAUAAGCAAGGAACUCAUGGCCCCUAUUUGGCCACAGCAGCUACUUCCUCCUCCUGGAAACCAAUGGCUAGCUCCUGUGGUAACUCAUUCAGAAGGUCUGGUAUAUAAACCAUAUGCAGGACCAUGUCCUUCUCCUUCAGCAUUAAUGGUUCCAGUCUAUGGCCAAGAAUCGCUCGACACAGCUGCAUUUAGGUUCCCUGUUUCUUCUCAGUUUAGCCACAGCUACUUCCCAUCUCCUAACGCGAGGACAACAGUUGACCAGACAAACCCGUUUGGUCAGUAUCAAAGAUGGUCCAGCACAUCAAGCCACAUGACUCAAGCCAUUCCAUUUUCUUUAAAGAAGUCUCAAGAAUCUAAUGACAGUGAGGUACAUGGAAGUACAGCUUCAAGUCCACCAGAGAAUCAUAAAUUUGAAGUGCUCCAACUUUUCCCUACAGAGCCUACCCAUCACACUGAUGAGUACAAGGAGAAACAGCAACCGCCGCUUCGUGCCAUUAAAGCCAUUCCUCAUAACUCAACAUCUGUCUCUGAAUCUGCUGCAAGGAUCUUCCGUUCCAUUCAGGAAGAGAGGAUGGACUCAGAUCAUAUGAUUAGUUAGUUUUUUUUAAUACUAUUUGAACUCCUUCCACAUUCUUUUGCUCCAGUUACAUCUUCAUCUUAGUUUAGAUUUUCAGUAUAUUCUAUUUACUCUUCAUAUGAAGAUGUAAAUCAAAUACUGUCACUAUACAUCAAACAUACACACACACACAUACACUUCUUACAUUGAUAUUGUAUUGACAAACAGCUAAUAAAAGAUAAACUUUUGUUGUUCUAUUCA